CUUCCCAUUCCAAUGGGCUGCUCCUCAAAUCCGUCCAAUAAAUUGCCAUCACACUCAACAAAUUCGUCUCAAAACAGAUCCCACCGCUCCCAAACCCCAAACACCGCACUGUACUACGUUCCCAUUCCCUUUUCCAAACCCACAGAUUGCGAUCCGUCCAUGGCGCAAGCGAAACCCCUCCUCCUGCUCUCCCUCCUCGCCGCCACCCUCGCCGUCACCGCCGCCCUGGGCGGCCGCGGCCGGAUAGUCGGCGGGUGGGCCCCCAUCGGGGACGUGACGGACCCGCACAUCCAGGAGCUCGGCGGGUGGGCCGUGACGCAGCACGCCAAGCUGGCCGGCGACAGGCUGCAGUUCCGCCGGGUGACGCGCGGCGAGCAGCAGGUGGUGUCCGGUAAGAACUAUCGCCUCUUCGUGGACGCGGCGGACGGCGCGGGGAAGAGCGCGCAGUACGUCGCGGUGGUGUACGAGCAGUCCUGGACACGCACCCGCCAGCUCACCUCCUUCAAGCCGGCGGACAACUAAUGAUCCGCCCGCCACCGCCGCGCAUGGAUCUCUGCAUCUAGCGGCCACAUGAGCUCCGCUCAGGGCUCCACUGGUUAAUCUCGUCUGCUUUUCCUUAAUCUGGUGGUACUAUACUAGUAUACUGUAGCAAUAAAUGAGAGCUUUUACUUUGA